CCAAGACGGUUUGAAAAGAGCAGACAAAGGCUGGAGUGCAGGACGCCCCUCGCCUCCCUCGAACUGUCGUCCUCCCCCCCGCCAUGGAAGUACUUCCAACCGGUAGUGUUGCUCCGACUUCUACUUUCCGCCUCUGAAAUGCACGACCGUCUGGAUCCGCGCUCGGCCGAGAGAGGACGCCUUUUUGCGGCGAGAAUACAACAAGGAAGCGUCGUGUGAGUGAGGGAGGAAGAGAGAGAGAGAGAGAGAGCGAGGGGAAGGAUUGACGCCGAUUCCUCCUCUCCUCCUCCUCCUCCUUCUCCUUCCUCUUUCUUGGCGGAGGCAGGAAUAAACGCUUUUUGGGGCUAUUUUUGCUUUCUUUUUUGAAUGCAUGUGACUGUGAUUGCGGCAGCACACCGGGCUGAAGAGAGUUGGCUCAUUGUGCGCACUUUCAGGGUGAGGAAAGAACAGAAAACAAGACGCGUCUUUUCGGGAUAACAGGGACUGUUGCUACUUUUUGCAUAAUUUAAAGAGAAGGGGGUGCUUGUUUUCUCAGCCGUGGGGGUGUGGAGUAAUAAUUCUUAUAUGCCUGGGUUUUGAAAAACAAUGGAGACGCACAUUUCGUGCCUCUUCCCGGAAAUUUUGGCCAUGAUUUUCAGCUAUCUGGACGUGAGGGACAAAGGCAGGGUAGCCCAAGUGUGCGUCGCUUGGAGGGACGCAUCCUACCACAAGUCGGUGUGGAGAGGGGUGGAGGCCAAGCUGCACCUCCGCCGGGCCAAUCCCUCCCUGUUCCCGAGUCUCCAGGCCAGGGGCAUUCGGAGGGUCCAGAUUCUGUCCCUCCGCCGCAGCCUGAGCUAUGUGAUCCAGGGAAUGCCCAACAUCGAGUCCCUCAACCUCUCAGGCUGCUACAACCUCACAGACAACGGUCUGGGGCACGCGUUUGUGCAGGAGAUCCCGUCCCUGAGGGUGUUGAACCUGAGUCUCUGCAAGCAGAUCACCGACUGCAGCCUGGGUCAGAUAGCCAAAUACCUGAAGAACUUGGAGGUGCUGGAGCUUGGAGGCUGCAGCAACAUCACCAACACAGGGUUGCUGCUGAUUGCGUGGGGCCUCCACCGACUCAAGAGCCUCAACUUGAGGUCCUGCCGGCACGUCUCGGAUGUGGGCAUUGAACACUUGGCCGGCAUGACCCACAACGCCGCCAAGGGCUGCCUGAGCCUCGAGUACCUGACCCUCCAGGACUGCCAGAAACUGACAGACCUGUCCCUAAAGCACAUAUCCAAGGGGCUAACCAAGCUGAGGGUCCUCAACUUGAGCUUCUGUGGUGGCAUCUCGGAUGCCGGCAUGAUCCACCUCUCCCACAUGACCUCCUUGUGGAGCCUCAACCUGCGCUCCUGCGACAACAUCAGUGACACGGGCGCCAUGCACCUGGCCAUGGGCACCCUGCGGCUCUUGGGCCUGGAUGUGUCUUUCUGCGACAAGAUCGGCGACCAGACGUUGGCAUACAUCGCCCAGGGGCUGUACCAGCUCAAGUCGCUGUCGCUGUGCUCGUGCCACAUCUCGGAUGACGGCAUCAACCGCAUGGUGCGGCAGAUGCACGAGCUGCGGACACUCAACAUCGGCCAGUGCGUGCGCAUCACCGACAAGGGGCUGGAGCUCAUCGCCGACCACCUGACCCAGCUGGCGGGCAUUGACCUGUAUGGAUGUACCAAGAUCACCAAAAGGGGGCUGGAGAGGAUCACGCAGCUCCCCUGCCUUAAAGUGCUCAACCUGGGACUCUGGCAGAUGACAGAGAGUGAGAAAGUCAGGUGAUUGGAGUUGGUCUAAAGACGGGGCAAGGGGAGGGGGGGGGGGGGGGGAGGGGGGGGGGCGGCCAACCUGCAUCCCCCCUACUGUGUGACUGUGUGUUUCUCCCAGGUUUUCGUUGACUAAUUUGAGUUACUUGUCACAUCCGGUAGUGCUUACUGAUAAGGAGUCACCUAAACUGGUCUCAUUUGGAGCCACAGCCUAAAAAACCCAAUAUUCGGCUACCUCGUAAGUGGGAAAAGACGGAAAACCAGAAUGAGACUGGGAGAAAAUGUGCCUAGAGGGACUGUGUGUGUGCAUGUUGCCCCUCCCCCGUCCUUCCCUCCUCCCUCCAUGAGCAGAAUGGGACACAUUCUAAACUACCUUUUUGUUAAUUGACACAAACAGCAUCACAUUCCCCCUAAAUGCAUUAUGCAAACAAACUUUUAACGCACACACACACACACACACACACACCAAGCUUCAGGUAUUUUUUGGUAAAGUGGGGAGGGGGUCCUGCUGGGGACAAACGUCAGUGAAUGUUGCUUCAAAUUGAAGUGAUUUACAUAUUUUUUUACCCUCUUUUAUUGAUUGAAACAAAUCAGGGUUCCAUGUUUUUUUUGUUUUGUUUUGUUUUGUUUUGUUUUAAAUGGAGGAGGAGGGAUGUUCUCUUCUUCCUUCUCCUCCUGCUCGUUCUCUCCAUCCCUCCCCAGAUAAAAAUACCCACGCGCAGACAUGCUUGGAAUAAGGAGCAAUCGAUUAUUUUUUCUUUUUCUCUCUCCGCUCCUCGGGUUACAAGCUCGCUCACAUCUCUCGUUGUUUUUUUUCCUUCUUCUUCUUCUACACACAGCAGCAAAGUGUGUGUUUCAUGUAAUGCAAUGACCUGCUUGAAAAACCAACAUACGGAUGUGUGCGUCCUGCUGAAAAAGCUGUAUGAACGUUAAGGAUUUGAAAAAAAAAGAAAAAAAUGUACUGUAUAUUACGUGUUUGUAAAGAGGUUAAGAAACAUGCAGAAUCCCAAAUUGUUUUAUAUUCUUACGAGCAAAACAAUUAAAGAUAUUUAUGUAAUGAAGGAAAACGCAGUGUGCUUUGUGUCAUCCUGGAGGAUUAGCAUAUUUAUUUUCUUAUUACUAAGCAGCCUUCACAUUGUCCCCCACCCCUUCCUUCAUCAGCGAGGAGAGGAAAAAUCUGUUGUGUUGUUUUAUUAUUUAUGAGCAGACUCAAAAUGGAUGCCUUGAUUUAGCUGCACUGCCUUUGUAAUUAAUCAAAACAAGCUUAUUAUUAUUAUUGUUAUUAUUUUGACUGGACGUGCUAUCUAUACACUUCAAGUGUUUAUUUUAUUGGGAUGUAAAUGUCUCCUUUUCUCAUCUUAAGUAAUACACACCCACACAAACUAGCCAUUGUGUGUCCUUAGAAGUUAGUAAGGCAGUUUUUUUGGUGAGGAGGGGGGGGGUUUCCUCUCUCUCUUCCCUCCUCUUGUUCAGUCACGCAUACCAGAUCUUAGGCCAGGCAGAAGACCCCCCACUCGCCUUGCUUUCACCCCCCCCCAUUGCCCCCUUACAGCCACACACACACACACACACACACACACACACACACACACUCCUUUUUAACAUUCCACACCAUCAUUCAAAGCAUUUAGGCAUUCCCUGUGUCUCUCCUGCCACUGCGUCCAUGGGGAUUUGGGGCUCUAAAGGGCUUGACCACAGGGACAGAAUGUUUGCUGUUCGCUGUGGUAUCUUUGAAUCGAUAUAUUCAACAUAAACUAACUUGGCCCGCAGUCCAGAGGGGGAAUGUAUUGAAUGUAUCGAUUGUGGCAUCAUUGCAGAGGCCAGAACGUGUAACUCUGCAGGGUAAUAACGGCAAUGACAGCUUUUACGGCUCCUCGUCACUAUUAUGUUUGAUUACCAGCACAAAUAAAACAGGUGGGAGUGGGGAGGAGCGCUUGAUGCGUGCAUCAGUAUCGUGAAUGGCCCCCUGGCUGCACUUUGUACAACCCUGUCUUUUUGUCCAAACUUCUCCCACCAAGGACCACAUAUAAAAAAGGGAAAGAGGGGCCACUUUGAUACAUUUUGGCCAUUAAAGCUGCUAAAGGCAGACCAAUAUAGGCCAAUAUAUGCCAAGCUAUCUGAACAAAACAUCCACACCUUAGCUUUGCAUUACAAGUGAGAAAGCUAAUAGUUAUUAGUGUAAUAUCAAAUAAUAUGUUGUAUUAAUUAGCCAUUUUAAUUUGAGGAUACGCCAGCAGGCCAAUACAAAUUUGGCUCACAGGCCACACAUUGGACAUCUUUCCCUACAACUAAGGUACGACUGCAUUUCUCAUAGAACAGGUUAAUACCUGGUGCUUUUAUUACACACGUAGCCUUAUUUAUAAUGCUGCGCAUGCCAUCCCUGUCUUGACAAGGUGGCUAAGUUUCUCCUCUGCUCGACAUAUUGUGCAAGGGGUGAGGAGCAAUUCAUUGCAUGACGUCUAUAUUUGAACGAGCAUGCAGUACCUCAGGUUUUGACUUUGUGGAUUAUUUACUGUAUCUAUUGAUUUCUUAAGAGCAGUGGCAUUAUUGUACAGCAGGGGUGCUCACACUUUUCACUUUUUAAAAAAUGACCCAAAGAUUAGCUCCUACUGUAAAUAUAGAAAAUACAUAUAUUUACUAUACAGUGGGGUCUUGGUUAACAUCAUUCAUAUGUUCCAGAAGGUCCGACUUCAACCAAAAUGGACUCUAACCAAAACAAAUGUUCCCAUAGAAAAUAAUGCAAAUCCAAUUUAUCUGUUCCAGACACCUACAAAUGUUAACACAAACACAUUGUAGAGACAAUUAUUAUAGUUUUACAUGCAGAAAGUUAUGGAAAACUAAUUACAAAUGACAAAUAAAUGGACAACUGAACAUUUAACAUGACUUUUAUCGAGUUUUGCUGGAAUAAAAAACAAACACAUUAUUCUGCUGCAAUACAAUUCCUCAAUUUGCAAAAAUGUAAAAAAAUAUAUCAAAUUAAAUAUCAACAUUUUACAACCAAUAAAAAAAAAUGUACCUUGCCAUUUAAUAUAGAAAAUGAAAAAAAACCCGCUGGCGGUAGUGUGCCAACGAGGAUAAGGCCUCUGGUGACGUGUGCCAUGUUUGACUCCGGCUGCUGCGAACACGCUACGGUAAGUUCGAAUGGUUAUGUUUUGUUCCUGGAAACAGAAAUGAGUGCUAUGGAUGCAAAAUGAGACAGGCAGAAACACCGAGUGUCGCCCUUGAUGCGCCCCCGGGUUGAUAGACUGUUACGUGGGAACCCGAGUAGAUGCAUGUGCACCGCAGCCGAUGACGAAGCCACUCCCGUCACAUUUCUAUAGCUCUGAAAUGACGACUGUCUUCUCUUUAAGCUGUAAAAUUCUGAGGUCUUGCACCCUUGUCUUGGUACGCUCCAUCGACUUUCUCUUUUGUGCGGUCCAUGUGUUUGUUAUGUCGUGUAUCUCUCAACAAAUCUGAUAUAAACAAACGCUGUUGUCCUUAAAAAUGACGCCCGUGGCCCACAAUGCAUUGCACAAUCAUAUGCAGGUAUCGCCAGAUUUCGGUUUGGCUGCGUGAUCCAAGAUGGCGGCAUAAACAAACUUGAUAGUAUUUUGGAUGCUACAAAGUGGGCGAAGGCAAGCCACGGCAAAAUUUUAUCAAAAAUUUCGGAUGUGAAGUGAAAAAGGUGCUAACCGGGGCAGACGUUAACCACGGUACCAUUGUAUCCACAGUAUAAAUAUGAGUACUUAUGUAUGUUGUACAUAUAUUACGGGUGCAUACACUUUUUCAGCAUGCAAGUUGCAAGUCGAUUACUAUACGGUAAAACAUAACACAAAAUCUUACUGGUAAACUUUGAAACAACUAUACUAAUCAUUAGUAUUUCACAUUCACAGCUUCAAAGUUUAAACGUAAUCAAAGUGAUUGAUAUCAUUCACAAUUCAAUAUGGCAAUAAAGAUAAUUACACAUAAUUCCUCAAUGGUUGUGUACAUAACCUGAGUACUGGUAAUAUGUCAGUCAAAAUAACUACGUUGCGUUCAUUAGAUACACAGUUCAGGUAUUACGUCCAAUUAGCAUUUGCUAUCAUCAUUACCGAUACAAGAAAUGACAUAGAUUAUGCAAAAGACAGUGCAGCCAAGGUCAAGGCAACAUAUUACAAAUGUUUCAGCAAUGGGCACAUUUUCCAAUUAAUCAUGAAAUAACAGUUUAACAGACGGAAGUGUAGAAAACAACGCAUUUCUAUAGCGGAGUUCACGAUGUGUAGCAAAGCCAUCAAACAAAUCACUUUUUUUCUACAUAACUAGCUACUACUAGUGAAUAGAUAACUUUUGUUAUAGAUAUAGACAUCUUACCGCUGAGUUAGUUUAUCCGUAAUCAGGAUAGUAAAGAUGAAAUUUGCAUCGGCGUGUGUCGCUUGAGACGUCCGUUCACCACUUCAUCUUUGCCGCGGGGGAGCAAUAGCGAAUCAGGAGGGGAGCUUAAGUCAGCUGACUGAUAUCAGAUGACAUCUACAAAGUGAUGUUUAUGCGAUCGACCCCAACUACCUCCGUGAUCGUCCGGUAGCUUGCGAUCGAGGUAAUGGCCACCUCUGCAUUACCGUCAUUCUGCCAGUCCACAAGCAAGAAAGGUUUCAGAAUAAAGAAUGGCGGCGCUUCCGAUGCAGCUCCUUCACCUUUAAUCUCUAGGUUUAAGGACGUCAAGAUCAAGGCUAUGCGUUUCUCCUCGGAGGUCUGCAUGCAUCUUAAUAACAAUGCACUCACUGUUGUCUGACCACCGUCAUACCGGGAGCUGUUCCCAAUAUACUUCAUUUAUUGAUGGACGUCAUUAGAUUGUGCAGGUGUACCUAAUGCUGUGUCCACCUUCGAGCAAAACCGAGACACUGAGUCCAUCCAAUCGGUCCACAUUUGCACCGCUUCAGCUCACUUCUGCCUCCCCCUUGUGUCAGGCAGAUUUACGACGGCAGUUUGUGCAGCGUUACUUAGCAUUUUGGGAGGCAUCCGUGCUGCUUCCGAGAUAAGCAAAUCACCCCUGGGGGGCGCUGGCUCCAUAUUUCACAUGCUCAACCUUAAAAGGUCACACCAUACUUUAAAAAAGAGGAGAUAAAAGUAGACAAAUGCGGCAACAAUACGUAUACACGCUUGUACACCAUAUCCAUGAGAAUACAGCCAGGAAAUAGUCACAUCCAAUCACGAUGACAGCUAAAGUAUUUCAGACUUGUCUUUGAGGCCUCUAAGCACAUAAAUAUCCUCCAAUUUAUUCUUUCCUAUUCCUUUUAUCACACGCUUUGCAGUCGUUUCCCAAAAAUGUGCUGCCGGGAUCAAAAGCGUGCAGCAAAAGAGAUUUACACCAAACGUAUCUCGCUCUCAGCAUGAGUUUAAAAACGUAACACACACACACACACAGGCUGCCUAUCUGCGUUGACUGACAGAGGCUAAUUGAAAAAAGCCAGCAAAGACCCCAAAUUAGACAAAAGGCCUCACAGUUUUGUGGGGUGCAGAGAAAAACCUGUAAAAUAAAGUUUUUUCAUGGAGUAAAAUGCUGCUGUUUGAACUUUGUGGCGUGUUGGUAGCUGCGUCUCACUUCCUGUCAGGCGAGGGAGGAAGAGAGACUUUUACUGCUCAUCAUUAAAGGAGCAGUUCACCAUUAAAAAAGGAAGGAAUUGGGGCUCUUGACAACAAAGCAGUGGGAGGGAAUUUGGGGGUGAGGGGGCAUUAGCGGUCCCAUGCGACUGACCCCCCCAACAACCCACCCCCCACUAAAAUUCUCUCGUUUGUGGCUCCAGCUUUCUGUCUGCCGUGAUGUCUGCCUACUCCAUUUUUGGCUCUGCUUCUUUAGUGUUCCUCACCUCUCCCAAAACUUCUUUCUUUCUUUCUUUCUUACCUUGUUCAGUCCCUACCCUCCUACUCCUCCUCCUCCUCCUCCUCUCUUGUCGGCACCUGGUGGUGAGGUGUCGCCAGGGUGCAGUAGACGCCGCUUUGAAGUCCCUGGACGCCCCCCUUGGGACAGAAGGGGGUGGGCGACCGUGUUGGGGUCUUUCACAUUUGUUGUUGCACAGUCUAUACUACAUAAUACACAUAAUAAGCAGUACAAUCCAUGCUUUAAGUCGCAAUGUAGCUUUUACCUCUCAGGAGUCUUUGACCUCACAGACGCAGAACAUUUUUUCCGGUCUUUUUUUCCCCAAUUUUUGCUGUUUUUUUAAAAAAAAAUAUUUGAACUAUGUUCUUAAAUAAUCUUUGUCAAAUUUAUUUUCGGAAUAUUAUGACUUUAUUCCCAUAACAUUAUAACUUUUUCCCCCACCUCAUUUUCCAAAAAUGACAACUACGUGUAGAUUUUGUUUUGUCUGUUUAUUGAAAAAUUAUGACUAAAAAAAUAAUAGUAAUAUUUCAUCUCUAUGCUACUACAAUGCCAUUAUUUUUCUUCAUAAUAUAUAGAAUAGUUUAUUCUCAUAAAAGUUUUGAUUUUUUUUCUCUUAAUAUUUAGACUUUAUUCUCGUAAAAUUACAUUUCUGCUGAUUUUUUUCUUCCAACUAUUUCAACUUUCUACUUGUAAAUUUUCUUUUCGGAAUAUUAUGACUUUAUUUUAAUAUUUUGACUUUAUUCUCGUAACAUUAGAACUUUUUCCACAAUAAAAUCUUCCAAACAUUACCACUUUAUUUGGUGCUUUGUUUGUUUCUCAUAAUAUUAUGACUUUUUUCUUCUGCUUUCUUUCUUUGUUUUUAUCACCAGAUAACAACUUUUUCCAUUUUUCAUUGUUUUUUUAGUUUUCUUGUUAAAUUAUAUUUCUAGAAUGUGUUGCGGGCCAAGAAAAAAAAGCAACAAAAAAACAGCCGCGGGCCCCAAAUGGCCCACAGGCCGCAAUUUGGACACCACUGCUCUGGAUGAUCAAGGAUGUUAUAUUCAGUGUUCUUAAGGUGCACACAUUCUUUUUCUUGGAUGGGGACACAUCAUUUUGGGUGUACAUAGUUUUUAACUGUUGGAGGUCUGGCCUGGCUUUUAAGGUAAACAAUUAUUACAAUAACUAUGUGAUUUUUUGAAUGAUACAGUUUAGAUUCGCAUUCUAAGUUAUAAGAAGGUUUCAUUAUACACGUUAGACAUUUAUACACAAAGAAUCCUACAUUUUCCCGACUCUGAUUUUAGGUAUUGGGGUUAUUUUCAACCCAAUAUGUUAGUACACUACGUCAAAAUGAUGAAUGGGAGGUUGCACCGAGAAAAAGGCAACCGACAGAGGCAAGAUAAACAGUUUUUCAGUUGCAAAAUAGAGGUAAACAUAAAAGUAUGUAAAAAUGCCCAACCCUGGUCUCCAAAGGGUCAAUAGUCAAACAUUUCAUAGUUGUUGAUUUCAGAGUCACUCGUACGUUUAUUUGCUUGCAGGAUUGUUGGACAAACUAGCAAAACAAUCGGUAGAGGGGAGGGACAUGGUUAAAGAACACAUUUUGGUGAGAAUCUGGAUAAAGAUACAUGUCAGGCACCUUUAUUUUAGGCCAGGGAAAAGAGAAGCAAGGCACAAUCUGAAAAGUGAAGGAAGAAAGAGAGAGGGGAAGGAGAGGAAUCUGUGAGUCACUUUGACUGUGAGCUGCGAGAAGUCGGCUAGCCAUGUUAAAAUGCCAUAAGGGCACCGAUACACACACACGCACACACACACACACACACACACAGUUCUGAGGUAAAGUUUGGCACAGAAUAUGCACUCAUAUUAAAACUUUAUGCAGGAAAAAAAAUCCUGCUGCUUCUCUCAGCUGCUCAGCAGACCAGCUAAUUAUUUUCAACACACACACACGCACUCAGACACCUUUGCUGCACAUUCCUCAGCAAGGUAAUGAGCUGUGUUUCCUCACAAGAGAUGUAUGGAGGAGGUAAAAAAAGAUUUUUUUCACCUCACAUUUCAAGCAUCACACAUUAUUGCAAAGGUGUAAUAAUGAUAUCAUCCUGAUUGUAAGGUGACAUCAUCAUUAAUGAAUGAUUGAAGCAAAUGCAUUAGAACAGGGGUCUGCAACCACCAGCUGUGGCAUUAAUUGACACCUUUUUUUAUUUUAGCUUGUUAUUUUUGUAAACAACCAUACCAAAUGAAAUGUAAAUGUGUGUCCAUUUAAAAAAAAAUGUUUGUUGUCCAUUGCGCACAUGAAGAGACAAACUACUAAGAGGCAAACAAGCUUUCUCACAGAGGCCGCUGAAAAAAACGCCAAAAAUGACGACAAUGGUUUACAUGUUUCAAACAUGCUCAACAAGUUACGCUGAGGAAGCUCAAAAAGGAGUAGGAAGAAGCAGAGCCUUUCAAAUAUAUACAUACAGGAAAUAAAUAUAUAAUACAGGAGUAAUAAUAUUGAUAAGUACAAUGGCAAAAGCUAUAUGGUUUCCAGGAAUGGUAAUGCCAUCAAGACCAAGUUCAUUUUUCCGUUAUUCUGGAUUAAAGUUAAAAGGAACUAUCCAGAACUUUACACAAUGGCGCUGAAGACAUCGUUGCCAUUACUGUCCAAUUACUUGUGCAAUACUGCACAGUGUAUACUGUACUGAUAAAAAGACGCUCCCCUAUCACACACAUGCAUUAAAAAGCACGCUAUUGUCCUCUUCUUUCUGGAAAUCAAACUCCAGGCUCUCACCGAUGGUGAGUCUGUAUUCAUUUUGUGUGUUUUGCACAGUUUUUUUACUUUGAAAUGAUCAAAUCUCUGUUUCAUUUAUAAAACGGUUUAUCAUCUCCUCCUCUUCAACAGUUUGUCAACAUCCGAACAGCUGUUCCUAGCAGAGCAAGAGGCGCUGAGAGGGGAGAUUGCAUUAUUCCAUUUCGAAAAAGUGUAUUAGGACAAACAGCUUUCUGCAUUCGAGCUGCCACUCAGUGCAACCUCACGCCCAUAGCCAUUAGAAAUCAAAACACGUCAUACAUUCAAGAUCCAGUUAAAAAAAGGCUUAUUGACAAUCAGAACUGCCAACCGUAAUUACAGACUGACUUGCAGUGUUGUUGUUGGUAUCCUGUUAUGUAUGUGUUUGUGUCGAUUGUUGGCUCACAGUGUUCCGAUUAUUAGAUUUCACGCACGCACAUGAUGGCAUAACAUUACAGUGGGUCCCUGCAAAAUUUUGGUAGGUAUUUUUUUUCGCCAUUCUUCCCCCAGAAAACAUCUCAUUCACCAUAAGUCGUAAUAAUGUAGAAAUACGUGUUAAUGCAGGUUAUGGUUAGCACAGCAUACCACUGUUAGAAAACCCACAAUAUUUACAUUUAUGUCUACACGCUUCGCUGAUAAUGUUUUUUUCAUCAAGCGUUGAGAUUUCGCGUUCUGUUUGGUGCUCCUUGAACGCACCAUACUGUAGUUGUGUGCUGAGACACUAUGGAAGCACCAGCUUCGGCAGUCAAAGCUUGGAGUGAGGUGAACACAAGUUAAUGUAUCGUAUAUGUCGUGACUGGAAGUACAACAGGCAAGCAGUGUGGAUUAUGCAGACGUGGCUUGGAGUGCCUCUAGCGCUAGCCUGGCGACCAGGCUAAAGGCUACACCGUAAAUCCGAUACCAUCUAUUCAUGAAUCAUCUUACAUUAUCACCGAUUAGUAGCGAGUACAUCAGUCUACAUUUUGUACUUUAAAAGGUGUUUAUUAAGUGUAUGAGACAUAUUUAGGGCUUAAACCUGGAUUUGGCCAUGGCUGAACCACGGCAACUGAAGAGAGAUGGGGAGGGUUCUGGCGUGAAUGUAAUCUAAUAAUUACAAGUCACUUUUAUUGCAGGUUUGGGGGUGGGGGUGUGUGUUUUAAAAAUAAGAUGUUGAUUACUCACAGUUUUUCACCAUUUGGUAGUGGUUCUGGAACAUAACCCACGAGAAAGCGGGGAUCUGUACUGUAGGAUGUAGCUAAUCUUGGGUCGCUGUGAGUGUAUUGUUGUUACACUUAAAAGGCACUUUUGCUAGAGCAGAAUAAAUGUUUCAUUUCAAACUAUAAGGCCUUCUGACUUCAUUCCCAACCACACAACGGCUCUCGCUGCUGAAUAUUUGAUUGGGGAAGAAAAAAAAAGCAGCCAUCAGAGUCAGUGGAAGAGCCGCUUCAUACGCCAGCGUGUGAUGUUGAUGUCGCCAAGCGGCGGCCUCGACAUGUCAUUCACGUUUCCAACAAAGACAAAACUUUCCUCCUUUUUGCUGCUUAAAAUGUGGCACACUUGUUUUCCCCAGAUGGAGGGAAAAAAAAACGUACUGAAAGGGAAACAGAUCUUGAAUAUUUUGACAGUACGAGGCUGCAAGUAGGAUUUCUAAGCCUAAGUCUGCAUUUAACUCUCCUUCUGUAUUUUUGCACAUUAGACCCUCCUCAGUCCUGGUUUUUACCGUACAAAACAACAAACGAAUACAUGGAAAAAAGUCAAAUCGUUAUAAUAAAUGUGUGAGGAAGAAAAAGCCAGAUAUGAAAGACACACUGAAGGUGGAAAAGAGGCUGAGGCUGGAAUACAAAGAGGUGUGUGUGUGUGUGUGUGUGUGUGUGUCUGCAGCAGGUGUGUGUGUAUGUCCCCAUGGUCCUUCUAGCUGUCUUCUCCUAUUGAUCAGCUCAUAUUGAUCUGGUUUGGCACAUAAGCCCCGACACACUCACACACACUACACGGUUCACUUGAUUCGCCUGUGCUUGGACACAAGGGACAUGGAGGGAACAUUGUUAACGCCCAUGAGAGCAAAAAAAAAAAAAAAAAAAAAAAACACACAAUAAUG